GGGCUGUGAAUCAGUCAUUUGUGCACACUCGUGUGGACGCUUCGUGUGUGCGCAUGAUGUGCUGCAUGUGAGUGUCUGUGUGUUGCCUGACUGCUUGCUCGGUUGGCUGGUUCAUGGUCUGAUGGAUGGUGUCUGCACACCGGCAGCCGCCCACCCACAAUCUUCUUCUAAAAAAGAAAUACAUCCCAUCCCCCCCUCCCCAGUGUCGCACACAGAUUUCUCGGGGCCGCCACCUCACAGUCACCAAUGAAUCCACCCAAUAAAUGAAUCAAUCAGAAGACGUCCUUCAUUUGUCUCAGCUUGGUCAUCACAGCCACCGGGUCAGACUGUGACACACCAGUGGCAAGCGCAACAGACGGCUGUGUCACGCGCAUGAACGGGUUGUAGCUCAGCUCUUCUGCAAUCGUCGAUGGCACUGUCGGCAGGUUCUCCUGCGCCAUGCCAUUCGACCGAUGCGCAUGGAUGUCAUGUUUGCAAUCAGUGCCUCGGUGUGCAGCAUCACUCACGUGUCUGCGCUGUUGCGCCCAGGUCAUCUUCUGCUUGAGCGCGGCGUUGUUGGGCUCCACGGAAAGGGCGAAUUGGAGGCUCUUGACAGUGUACUCGUGACCGCAGAACACUGCACGCAGCCGCGCAAUAAACGCAUACACACGUGUGCGCGCUACACGUGCUCAUGUUUGUGGGCGGAUAUGCUAUGCGCACCUCUGGUGUUGGGCGGCAGGCUGCCGCACACCUGCACGAGGGCACGGUACAUGUCCUUGCCCGUGCCCUCGAAGAACCGACCACAUCCGGCCACAAAAAGCGUGUCUGAAUCGGUCCAAGCCAGCCAGCCAACAAUAAAUGGAUGAGGGAAAGCACAGAGGUUUGUGGGGCCCACCUCCCGAGAACAGUGCAGGGUCCGCACACGAAGGAUCCGUCACGUAGUAUAGCACAUGACCAGACGUGUGGCAUGGCGUGAGCAGUGUCCUGAUCUGCACACACAGUCAGUCAGAUACACAUGGAUGGAUGAGUGGAUGGAUGGAUGGAUGCAGAGAAAGUACCUUGAUGGUCUCGAAGUAAAACUCCUCGCCAUCCUUGACGAAUUUGCUGCACGCCGGCACGUGCUCCUUCUCACCACCCACUAUAGGAAUGCCAGGGACCAACCUGCAUGCGCCCACAUCGAUGGCAGUAAGGCGUUUGUCGCCCCUCCUUCAUUCCCGCUCACGUACUUGGCCAGCUUGUUGUUGCCUCCUGCGUGGUCCCAAUGCUUGUGCGUGGUGAGGCUCAUCUCCAGCGUCACACCAAGCCGCUCUGCCGCAUCGAGCACCUGCACGCAUAACAUGCAUCAAGCACACGCUCGCCAUCAUCGAGCGGCGAGUGCGGCGGAUAAAUAGUCAGAGUGAUUGCUUGAUUUGCGAGGAAUUGAUCGGAUUAGUUGAUUGCAUGAUUUGCAAGACAUCUGCUCAUGAAUCGACCUUUUCGGGCUCGGCAGGAUCCACACAGAAGGCCUUCUGUGUGGCCUUGUGCACCACCAGGUAUGCGUAGUUGUCUGCACGAGCAGCGCACACAUACCACUGCUCAAGAACCUUUGCUCUGAUUGCUUUUGCAGUGCAGUGCUUACCGCCCAGCACGGGCACCAGGUGGAUGUCUGAACGACGUUAAGAGAGUAUGACAAGAAAGGCAGGCGGCCACGCACCACAGCGGCUCAGUCCUUUUCUCACCCACCCAUUGCGACUGAGUUGUAUCCCAGCACGGGCUCUCUCUGCCAACACUUCGGCUGAACUGCACAGAACAGAGUCAUAUGAACGCACUGCACCCCUGCUCUGCUUCCUGCCUGUGUGUCCGUCCCGUGUGGUGUGCACCUGCGCAGAUUCCUUUUUGAAUCCAAAAGUAGAUAAAAUCAAGCAUAGGGAUGGGUCGAGGCCUCUAUUCAGAAGCGCCUCAUUC